AUGAUGGAAGUGUCAAAAGGGGCUUCAGCCUCGCGGCGGACGGGAUCCGACUUCACCUCUGCAUCAAGAGUGUUCGACCAAGACUCGGAUCAUGCGUCGCAGAGUCCAAACAAUUCAUUCGAGAACGUUCGCCUCGGUCCCAAAUACCAGAUUGUCAGGUUCAUCGGAAGCGAGAGCCACGGAGAUCUGUACCUGCUCGCGGCCCUCGGUUCCAGCGACAAGGAAUACGUGGCCAAGGCCAUCGACUUCAGGGACUGUACGUCAAAGUUGCGUAGACACCGACAGAAGCAUUUCAAGAGGCUGAAAGCGUCGUCGUCCUUUAUAUGUGCGAUUGAAGAGCAUGGCGUGAUGUGGGUGGUCCGCCACUGUAACGAGCCAGAGGUUGUCGGCAGUGGCAUUGCAUCCCGGCAACGAGCCAUAGAGGCGAAAAGAUCAGGACCCGGUGGUGUUAUCUCCUUGCAGCUGGACCCGGAAAGUGACACCCUUUCCACAGGAAUUGAGACAGCUAGUGUCAGUUCGGCCAGCGGGCUGAGGGGUCAAGGUUGCCUGACCGACACUGAUCUCCUGCAUGACGGGAACUGCACCAACGGCACCUUUCCAGAGUCGACCGUGACGACAGUCGGGUCAAGCCCAUGCUCGAUGAAGACGAUCACCCGGUGA